CCUCCUCAUUCUCAGGCCGGGUAGAACCCAAGCAUCAACCCUGCGCUAGGUUCAGCCUACGAAGAUUGGGCUUUUACAAUCGCCAUCCAUCCUCCGUAUCAACACAUUUUCGUGGAAAUAUACCUCUGUCCUUAAUCAGAAUAUACACAAAGUCGUUGAAUCGAAUCAGAAGGCACUGGGAAGAGGCGCAAAUAAAAAUUUCCAUACUCGAUGACAUUACAUCGCAAUGUCCGAUCGUUUGGGGCAAAUAACCAAGGCCAAGGAUGGGAAAAGCAAGUAUUCCACGCUCAGCCUAUUUGACAAGUACAAGGGAAAAUCAAUAGAAACUCAGAAAAACACAGUAGUUCCGCGACAUGGCUUGCAGAGUCUUGGCAAAGUGGCCACUGCCCGGCGCAUGCCCCCACCAGCUCACCUACCGAGCUUGAAGUCUGAAAACAAAGGUAACGAUCCUAACGUGAUUAUUGUGCCCAAAGACGGUACAGGAUGGGCGAACAAGCAGGAACAACCCGAUCAAAAGAGUUCUAUUGCAUCAAUAACACAGCUGCCGGAGUUGCAGCCACCGCUGGCUAUACAGAAAUCUGUCUCCAAUCUUCAGAAGCCCUCACCGGCAGCCAGCCAGGAGAACACAAACACAAGUGGACCAAAGCAAUGGGCCCAGCUAAAUGGAAAGGCAGUAGAGCAAGAUGGUUCAAGGGCCUCAAACCGACUUCAGCCCUUCUCUCACGAGGAAUUUCCCACCCUAAAGGCAGCUGGAGAACAGGACAAGGCUGGCAAGGAAAGAAGCGGCUUCGAUCCGUCGUAUGGGCCAGGACCAAGCCUCCGCCCCCAGAAUGUGACGAGCUGGAGGGAAGGUGGUGGCAGGAACCUUCAGCCCUCGUCCCUGACCCUCAGCCUGCCUGCAGAUCCUGAGGGUAAGAUCACUGCCCAGGGUGAGACUGGCACCCCUCCAGCCCAAUCUCACCCCCCCUCUGCCACCGUUACCACCUCCUCAAGUGUAGUGACAGCUCAGCCACCUGCUCCUGACCCCAAGGAGCCUUCCCUACGACCUGCCCAACCUGUCCGCAGAACAAACAUCCCCACUGCUUUGCAGUACCAGCUUCAGCACACUUCGAAUGCUGUCUACCAUGACAUGUUGCCUGCAUUUAUGUGCUCUAAAGAGACCCGUGAAGCUCCAGGUACAGAACAUGCUCCUACCACCAUAGCAGCCCCAGCCCGAUAUGACAGCAAACCCACUUUUAGACAGAGCUAUGCCAAACCUGAGCUCGUCAACGGCGAUGUGAGAAGAGAGAAUCGCUUUGUGCGCGCGCCCCCUCGACAAUCUUCUCAGCCCAUCCGCAGGCCUGGUGACCGACCGCAGCGCCCAGCCAUCAUUAACCCAGAAGAUCUGAAGGAUCUGGAUGAGCUUGACAAUGACUGCGAGGAUGGAUGGGCUGGACUCCAUGAGGAAGUUGAUUACGGCGAGAAACUCAAAUUUAGCGACGAUGAAGAAGAACACGCGCCUAAUGUUAAAAAUAAGAUGUGGACUGAAUGGGAGAGGGAGAGAGAAAACCAGCGUGACUGUCAGUCGUCCCUAGGUUCAGGUGAGGUCUACCCGCAGGAUGGCCCCGAGGAGAACUACUCCUACCAACAUCACCAUCAUGAGCCUCCCAGGAAGACCAGUGGCAGAUAUCUCUCACCGGACACACAGGCCCAACAGAAAAUCCAAAGUGAGCCACUGGAUGACCAGGAAGAUCACCAGCGCCAGUCUCAGACCCAGGCUCCUCCCAGGGCAAAGUAUGUGUCACCUGAACUGUCCGAGGCUGUUGAGAGAGCCCGCAGACGCCGAGAGGAGGAAGAGAGACGUGCCCGUGAGGAAAGGCUGGCUGCCUGUGCUGAAAAACUAAAAAAACUGGAUGAGAAGUUUGGGAAGACGGAAAGGCAAACAUCAAGGACAGAUGAGGGCCAAAAAGAGGAAGAUGACAAAGAAGUUCCACUCUCCCCAAAGAAGGAACAAAGUCAAGGCCACCACGAAACCUGGCAGUACAGCACAAAAGAUGGAAGUGAGUGCCCACCAGACAAUUCCCCGGGCCACAGUUACAGUGAGGAACCGGCUUUCUCUACCUAUCGGAGCAGCGAGGAUGAUGGACAAGAACCCUCCUCCCCUCCAGGAGACUAUAAUGGACGUCAUACCUCCAAAUCAAUGCCACCCCGCUUUCAAAAGCAGCCACAACCCCAUCAGCAGCAGGAUCAAGUAUAUAAGAUGCAGCAUUGGCAGCAAUCGGGUCACCCUGCCCCAUCCAGCUCAAGCCACGGCCAGCGAGGCUACUAUCCACCACAUGUCCUUGGAUUUGACCCUCGCUGGAUGAUGAUGCCACCUUUCAUGGAUCCCCGUAUGACCCAAGGACGAUCGCCUGUUGACUACUAUCCCAGUGCUGUUCAUUCUGCAGGAAUGAUGAAACCCAUGAUGCAUCAAGACCAUUUAAACAGUCCUGGUUCUGACGAGGGAAGCCAUUCCAACCUGCACCAGGAGAGAAGAACCCCCUCCACUGAGCCUUACCCUAUUUGGAAUCAAGAUGGCUACCCCAUGCGCAGCUUUACCCCACCUUACCAGAGACAGCAUGAAAGCUCAGACAGUGGCCAGCCAGAUGACAGCUCCCAUCAGGACUCCUAUGAAGAACGGGGCAGUGAGUGUUUGACCCACACUCAAGAUGAUCCCCCCCAUCAUGCUUUCCAGAGCCGAGGCCCAGACAGAGUGAAUCAUGACCAUGGUUUGCUGACCACUGCUCAGAGCCACUCGCAAAACCAUGCAGAUAAUGAAUACCCAAAACAAGACCCAAGAGACAGACAUUUGAAGGAUUGCCCUGAUUCUCAUGAUGAGACCGUUGAUGGACCCAAGGACAACUGGAAAAGAGAUGGAGGUCAGAAACAAGAUGGAGGACUUAAUGCUCAAAGCCAGUGGUCUGAACCCACUUCCAGUUCUAGUAGUAGUGUCAGCCAACCAUCUGAGACCAGUGGGCGUACCUUGAUUCGCAGAACUGGGCCCAUCAAGAAACCAGUUCUUAAAGCACUAAAAGUGGAAGACAAGGAGAAUGAGAAGCCUAAACCUGAGCCUGAGGAGAAGCCUGUCCCCUACCGCCUGGAGAAAGAAGUCCUUACUAAUGUUUAUGACUUGAAGAAAGACAUUCAGCCUAUCAGCAACAGGCGUGUAGCCUCACCUGUUGUUGAGAAACAGCCUGAAGAGAGGCCGCGUCAGUCACCAGCUCCUAUCAAAAUAGAAAGGCCAUUGAGCACCCACAGUGAUGAUUCUCCCAAGGAGAGCCCCUGGGACACUGGCAAGAGCCCGUCACCUAGAGAUGGCCAAGAACACCGGGAGCCACAGGCACCACGGCGCAAUAACUGGAUCUUCAUUGAUGAAGAACAGGCAUUUGGUGGAUCCAGGGGGACAGGUAGAGGCCGCAGUCGAGGCUUCAGGGAAUUCAACUCUAGAGGUGGAACCCGUGGUGGCCGAGGUGCAGAAAAUCUCAGAGGAGCUUAUAACAAUAGCAACAGCAGUGGAAUUGGUGCUCAACGGACAGGCAGAGGCCGAGCACCACCAAGGGACCUUGUCAAGGUGGAGGAGUUCCAGAGGGGCAAGCCUCGGAGGCGAAAUGUCAGUGAGACUUUGAGUGAAACUUCUGAAUAUGAGGAGCUGCCGAAGAGAAGACGUCAGAAGGGUUCUGAAAAUGGAGAUGGUUACACUGAAUCUGGAGAAAUUCGUAAAGCUGACAGAGAUUCCUGGAGAUCCAACAAAGUAUAUACAGAUGAUCAAUCAGCCGCAGAUUUCAAAGAAAAGAAUAAGGCCAGCAACAGGGGCUUUGGGGGUCGCAUGUUGCCUCCCAGAAUGAAUACCACCACAGGUUACAGUCGCAACUUUGGUGGCACCAGAGACAUUUCUACGUGGAGGGGCCGUGGGCUACAGUAUGGUAGCAAUGGUGGCUCAAUGCAAGAGAAUGGUUAUGGUCCUGCACCUGAGACUGUUUAUUCCCGCAGACUCCCUGCUGAGCGCGAGGCUCUCAAGUACCCCCCUAAAUUUACUGGCUCUUUAAUGGAAGAUGGCACCGAGGACCGUGAAGAGUACUACUUUGACAAUGAUAACCCCGACAGGCAGAUGUUAAGGAGACGGCGUCCACCCCGACAAGACAAGCCUCCGCGUUUCCGUCGUCUUCAGCAAGAACGUGAACCUGGCUCCAAUCAGUGGACAAAUGAUGAGUAUGUAAAUGGAGAGUUAGCAAAACCUUGGCCUGCUCGUUCCAAAGGUAGUGGGGAAGAGAGCUGGCCCAGUGGUCACUACCCUGCUCGCGGGUCUAGCUUGCAUGGUCAGGUUGAAGAGUGGGAGACAGGUUCAGACAACAGUGACUUUGGUGACUGGAGAGAAAAGCGAGGAGGAAGUGGAGGUGCAACUACACAGGGACAUGGUGACAUUCCCUCUGACUCUGGCCCCUGUGAACCAGGCUCUAGUGAGAAAAGGGAACUUUCCAAAAGGAGUUUCUCUAGCCAGAGACCAUUGGUAGAACGACAGAAUAGGAAAGGAGAGCCAUCACUUCUUGAAGCAAGCAAGAUCACGCGUACACCUGAUCCUCCCUCAAACCCCUCCUCUAACAGGAGCGAUAGUUGGCAGAAUGGAGGCUCUUCUUGUAAGAGCAGAAGCCCAGAUGAGUUGGGCCCCGUCUACAGCAUCGAGCAGCAGGAAGAGAGGGAGCCCAGUGAGCCCUCCGGGAAGGAAUUAGACAAGGAGCUGAAGCCAGGACCUGUCAAGGCAGACUUACCCGAACCUCUGUCCCAGUAUGAACUCAGCAGCUACCCAAUUGAGGGGGAUGCAGGGGGACCAGUUUCAAAUCCAGAUGGAUACCAGGAUGCCCUGUCCAAAAAGCAAAGGCGCCCACAGGAAGAAGACAGGAGGAGAAAGGACCAGGUGCCCAUAAAGAACAGGACAAUCACUUCCAAGAUACCACCACGCUUUGCCAAAAAGCAAGGAAGUUUGAGCCUUGAACAACCUGAGGAGGCAAUGACUUCGAACAACCUAGGCACUGAAAUCUGGGAAACCAACAGCUCAGCUCUUUCAGUACAGUCCUCAGGGGGAGACUCAUGGACUAAACAGGUGUCUUACACUGGUAGUGAGCCCAACUCUGAGGACUCUGAUGCAGGCCCGGAGCAGAGUAAAGAACAGCACAAGCCAGGACCUAUCGGAAACGAGCGCUCCCUGAAGCACCGCAAGGGCUCAGAAGGUGUCGAUCGUCUGGAAGCUGGCCCCAUCACACCAGUCAAUGGUGUGGACCUGCAUGGGGACACUGUGUUGCCUGUGCCUCCUAUUGAGUUUGGUGUCAGUGCCAAAGAUUCUGACUUCAGCCUUCCACCAGGAUCUGCCCCAGUGCCCGUGUCCAAUCCUGUCAACAAACUGCAGGAUGUACUUACCACCAACACUGCUCUAAAUCAGAGUACCCUUAUGCUGCGCUCCAACCACCUGCAGCCUGGCAUCAACCUCAACCCCAUCUCCUUCCCUAGUGCUGACCUCACUCUCAAGAUGGAAUCAGCACGCAAGGCGUGGGAGAACUCUCAGUCGCUCCCUGAGCAGGGUUCUCCUGUUGGUUCCUCAGGUGUUCAACCUCCCUGCAGUGUUGGCUCAUCCAGUGGUGUCAGCUACAGUUCUUUCGGGGGGGUGUCCAUGCCUCCAAUGCCUGUAGCGUCCGUAGCACCCUCCAUGUCCAUGCAAGGUAGUCACAUCCCCCCAUUGUAUCUGGAUGGCCAUGUCUUUCCAAGCCAGCCACGCCUUGUACCUCCAACCAUGACCCAGCAGCAGACAUACCAACAGGCGGCCGCAGCCCAGCAGAUUCCCAUCUCUUUGCACACAUCUCUUCAGGCGCAGGCUCAGUUGGGACUCCGCGGUGGCCUUCCCGUUUCUCAGUCUCAAGAGAUGUUCAACUCUAUUCCCCCCUUCAGGUCCCAGGUUUACAUGCACCCCAACCUGUCACAGCCCAGCCCUAUGGUGCUGUCAGGUGGAGCCCCUCUGAAGGGGCCUUACUCAGCUUUCUCUGGGAUGCAGCCCUCAGACAUGGUCAAGCAACAGUCAGGCUCACACUACCAGCCUAUGAAUGGCAGCCAGCAACUAGUCUAUGACAACCAGAUGAACCAGGGACCUGGGAUGGGCUCUUCCCAAUUGAUGGACUCUCAGCUCAUCCAGGUGACCAUGCCGCUCCCAGGCUCUCAGCUGCGCUACGGCUCCGCUCAGCAGCAUCUCAUCCUCCCACAGUCCAUUCAGCUGCAGCAGGGACAAAACCUGUCAGUGGGAGCUCCACGGCGAAUGCUGCCACCAGGUUCCCAGCCUGGUGUCAUGACAAACAGUCGAGAGUGUCUUUAUCGUCAGGGGUCGCAGAUGGAAAUGAAAGGCUUCCAGUUCUCUGAGAAGCCCAACCACUCUCCGGGGAUGUCUGCAGGGUGUUACAGGCCUGGUUCUGCGAGCCCCAGUGGGAAGCCCUCUGGUCCUGGUGGCCCCAUCGGCCCUCUGCCAACCCAUUUUACACAACAGGUCCCGCCUUCCCAGGGCAGCAUGGUGAUGCACAUGCGCCCCCCCACCACAGGCCCUUUCCCCAACCCUAUACAGAGACCAGUCAUGCAGGUGAACAAACCUGUCAUCAUCCGCCCCCCCCCUUACCCCAAUCCUGGCCGUGACCCUUCCCACGCCACCCCUUCUUCAGUCCCCGAGCCCCAAGUUAAAGGGCCAGAGGAUGGCAUGAAGAAUAAAACCAUGCGGGACGUGCGCAAGGCAGUGGGUGAGGGCAAGACACCCUCUGUGGGCAUGACCAGCAAACUCCAGGAGCCUCUGUCCUCCAUGGGCCAAGUCAAACCAGCACGCACUGGAGCCAUCAAACCCCAGGCUGUCAAACUAGAGGAGGGCAAGGCGUAACAUAAUAACAAUGAACCCGAAAGUCCUCAUCACCUCCCAGCCUGCCAACAGUAAAGCCUCCUGACCCCAAUGUCUGAGCCUUCUGAGACCCAUCCGAUUCGAAGGCACCAAGGCAAGAGGCAAACAUGCAGACAUUAUGACUUAGCCCUCUUGAACUGUCAGAACUGGACACUAUUAUUUCACACCACAUAUAGAGAUAUAUAAAUAUUAUGAAUAUAAAUAUAUACAUAGACACAAACGGUCUUUUAAGCGGAUCUCUUCAAGGUCUUCAUUAAUUUAUUGUUAGUCACUUUUAUGGGGGAGAUUGGUAAAGAUAAUAAAAAGGUCCUGUUUAUUGUGUUACUCGUUCAAGCAGGGAAAAAAAAAAGAAAGUGGCCAACUCAAGACUGAGUGUUAAUUUUUCCUACUGUUUUUCCAAACUGUAUUUACUCCCUCUUUAUGGAUGAUGGCCCCGACAAGAGGCUGACACUGACCAUCAGAAGAAAAGUUCUAAGUUUUUCUUUUUUUUUUUUUUAACAACUUUGAAUUGCAGUGGGGCACUUGUUUAUGCUGAUAAAUAAAGGUUCAAUUCAUCCAACCAUUCA